UCAUAAUUUGCUCCGAACAGAACGACGCCCAAAACGUUGUUCUUCGUGUCUCAUCUUAUCCCGACAAAGAGUUCACCUGCUGCGCUGGCCAGAAACUGCUGAAUCACCAUGCGUCCUAUGAGGGUCUUGCCGAUUGGAGUGAAGAGUGUCCUGAUGAAGUGCCUAAGGGAAGCCUCUUCAGUUGCCCGGGGAUGGAGUCGACCACAGCAGAUCCUCCGUCGACUCAACAGCGAGGCACCCAAGCUCCCUCAACCCAGCAGCCGGACUCGAAAGCUCCUUCAACUGAAAACCCAGACGGCAAAUCUCUCUCAACUGAAAAUCUAGACCAAAAACCUCCUUCAACUGAAAACCUUGAUCCAAAAAUUCCUUCCACUGAUCCUCCAGACUCCAAAGUUCCUUCAACUCACCACUCAGACUCUAACCAUCCCUCGACAGAACGCCUGGCCACCAAAGCUCCAUCAACCCAAGACCCAGACGCCAAGGCUCCCUCAGAAGCUUCAAGUCAAGAAUCCUCGUCAAGCACGGAGGAUCCUGUAGGUGUGAGUGUACUCCUAUUCGCCAUAGCAGUGGCUGGAAUGCUACUAUUACUUUGAGUCUAAGGAGCAUCUGCGAACCGUGGAUGUGAGCGAUCUAUUAGGGAGGGACUCGGAGAACGAGAGGUAACUUGAGGAACAGGAAUGAAUAUGUCUGUAUAAUGUAAUCAUAUAUUUAUGAUCUUUUAUAUUUAUAAUGAUUAUACACACACACAC